CUUUCUUUCUGUCUCAAUCGUACAUAUAUAUUUACAUAAAUGUCUGACUUGUCUCAUAGAAAGUCUUUAUAUUCAUCACCUUCUUCAAGGUCCUUUAUUAAUAGACCUCCACCUGAAAGUGCCUUACGCGAUACAUCUAUCAAUAUAGCUACCGCUUUUUCAACUGCAGAACGACCUUCACCUUACCGUUCCAACAAUAAUGUCUAUCUCUCUCCUCGUACCAAACGUACAUCUCUUCACCAUCGAUCUUCUACUGAUCAUUUUCAAACUCUUGUUGGCUCUGAUAAUGACUUUUUUGGAUCCAACAAACCGAUAGAUCUUUAUCAACAUUCAGUAUCACAAUCAAGCUCAAGUGACGAAGAAGACGAUAACCCUUUUGAAGAAGAAGAACGACUAGUACGACAUCCUGCUGAAGAAGAACAUCGACGCGAGCUAAUUCAACAACGAUCCUCCCUCUCUGAACGUUACGAUGCUACCAAUGGUAGUUUGGCUGGUUCAUCCUUUCAUUCAUUUAUGGAAUCUCCUUAUAAAAAUCAACAUGAUACUAUUCUCGAUGACGAUAAUAUCAAUUCAAAUGAUACCCCAACAACAACAGCAGCAGCUCAAAUCAAACCAGCCUCUCGCUCUCUUAUCAAACAUGUUUUCGACAGGACAUUUGAAAUCGUCAUGUUUUGGAUCUUUAUGGUGUUCUGGGUCAUUAAGGAAAUAGCUGUCACUGUGAUCACCUUUAUUUUCAUUGUCGCAUCUAGUUUGAUGGUCAAUCCUAUUGUGUAUAUGUUGCAGUACCUUGGUUUUCGGACAUUGGAACCUCUCAAAUUAUCUUCAUUCAAGUCAAUCUCACAUCAUCCUGUCGCCAUGACACUAUUAGCUAUAUUUUCUACUUUCUGUUUACAUUGGAUAUUUUUUGAUCAACAUAAUGAUAAUAAUAAUAAUCAUCCUACUUGGUUCAACAACAACAAUAACAACAAAUUAUGGCCAUUCUCAACGACAUUAUCUGCCAUCAUUUCAUCUCCUUCAUCUUGGCGAUCAUUUAACCCUACAACUAGCUCAAUGGACGAUACCAGAUAUGAUUCACUAGCCUUGGAUCGAUUCAAAGUAUUGGAAAAAACUGUUCAUGGAAUUAUCGACCACAUUGAAACUCAGGACAAACAUGAUCAACAACAAAUCAAUUCCAUUCAUUGGCAUUUGGAACAACUACAACAACAGUUUUCACAAUGGUCAACCACUCAUUCAAAACAAAUAGAAUCGGCUCUUAUCGAACAAAUGGAAAAAGUAGAACAUACUUUGGCAACUACGACAACACAAUGGAAUCGUCGAUUACAUGAAUGGGGAGCUCAAUUGGAACAAAAGAUGGAACAACAGGAACAUAUUUGGCAACAAGAUGGCAACACCAAUCCAACAGUUUCACCACAACUAGUGAAUGCUUUACGACAACUUUUUAUACCAAAAUCAGAUGAUGAUCGUGCAUUAUGGACUAGUUUUUUACAAAACAACCAAGGGAUUUUGGAUCGUCAUAUUCAAGACAUGAUGGAUCAAUGGCUUCGAGAUCAACUACUAAAAGGAACUUUGAUUGACAAGGAUACGCUGAACGAAACGUUGAUGACUCAGAUUUUACAACAGGAUACUACUGACGAUAAAAUGGAAAAAACUGCAGGAACUAUCAAUCUACUUGGACAGCUAGUGGAUGCCGCAAUUCAAAGAUAUCAUCAGGAUGUAUUGGAUAAACCAGAUUAUGCAUUAGCUACACGUGGUGCUAUGGUCUUGAAUGCAUUUACUUCACCUACUUUACCAUCAUCAUCAUCAGCAGGAACAAACAAUCAGUGGUGGUGGACAAAAUGGUAUACUGAAUGGUCACGUCCUUCCUUGUCUCCGAUGAUUGCUCUGACUCCAGGUACACAUGUAGGACAAUGUUGGCCAAUGAAAGGGAACCAUGGAUCUUUAGGUAUUCGUCUAUCUGAACCGAUUUCCGUACAAAGUAUCACUGUAGAAUAUCCAAGUCGUUCGGUGGCCAGUAACAAUAUGACAAGUGCACCAAAACAAAUCGAUGUUUGGGGAUUGAAAAAGGUGGAUGGAUCAUCUUCCAACGUAAUGGCUCAAUGGGAUCAACAGCAACAAGAACAGCAUAUAACAGGGAACAACAAUGAAAAUGAUAAUAUGAUCUUUUUGGGUUCCUUCACUUACGACAUCAAGAAAUCAUCAGCAUCCUCCAGUAUCCAAACAUUUUCAUUAGAUACCAAUCGAUAUGUUCAUUUCGAAGGUGUCGUCCUACGAAUCCGGUCUAAUUGGGGAAAUGAUCAACAUACCUGCAUUUAUCGUGUUCGCGUCCAUGGUACUCCAGCUAUAUGACCCCCCAUUCUAUUGAUGUACUUUUAGUUUAGUUUAUACAUUCUUUCAUUAUAUAUAUAUAUAUAUUAUCAUGAUUCUCUCUUUUAUAUAUUCAAAUAAAUAAAUAAAGCUGAGUGUUAUUCUUUUUUUUU